CCCCUCUUCCACAACGUUCGCACAACGCCCACUUCUUCCUUCUCCCCCCUCCUUUCGACAUUUCGUCGAACAAGUCGUGGGAGUCGUAUCAGAUGGCGUCGCUCACGCCGGGGGUCCUCCUCAAGCUGCUCCAGUCCAUGAACACCGACGCCAGGGUCGCCGGCGAGCACCGGUCGGCGAUUCUCCAGGUGGUUGGCAUCGUGCCCGCCCUCUCGGCCUCCACUGGCGACGACCUAUGGCCCUCCCACGGAUUUUACCUCCAGCUCUCUGACUCUGUUAACUCCACCUACGUCUCCCUCUCCGACGCCGAUGCUGACGCCGUACUCUCCAGCCGCGCCCAGCUCGGCCAGCUCGUCCACGUCGACCGCCUCCGGUUUGCCCACCCUGUUCCCCGUGCCGUAGGCCUCCGCCCCGUCCCUGGCGCCCGUCCCCACCCCUUCGUCGGCUCGCCUGACCCCCUCGUUGCCCUCUCCGCCCCUGACCAUCGCGGGUUUAUCAUCCAGGCCGCAUCCCCCGCAGAGGCUGGCCCUCCCCUCCUCCCAUCCGCCUCCCACAGGUCCAAUCUCCCCCACCUGGAGGAAGAGAAAAGAACCGUUUUUGCUGCCAAGGAGAACGUGGUCGUCGGCUCCGGCAAGAACCAGAGUGAUGCUGCUGGAAAGCCACGCCGGUUCUCGUCCACUGCCACAUCGAAACUGACCGCCCGGAAGAAUGGCCCCGGCAGCGGUAACGGCACGGGGGAGCAGCUGCGCGACCCAUCUCCGGCCAUGAAGACUAGCUCACGGCCUUCUUCACCUGCACUAGGAGGGAGGGCCAGCUCGAGGCCGUCGUCCCCCGUCCCGUCCAAAUGCGAGGUGCCGAGUCUGGUGGGGGCCAAGGAGGAGAAUCGGAGGGUAGCGAGGGAGCCCGCCAUCAUAGUGCCGUCGAGGUACCGGCAGCCGUCGCCAGUGGGGCGUAAGGCCGCUGCAUCGCCAAUGGGGAGGAGGGGCUCCAUGUCUCCAGCUAGAAGGCUCUCAGGCGGGUUGAAGGUAGCCUCACCGGCAACUGGAGACGGUGGAGGGAAGAAGAAGAUAGGACUGGUGGUUGCAGGGAUCUCAAGGGGUUCCGAUUCGCUCGUGGCAUCUGUGAAGUCCAUCAGGAAGAGCUGGGACGAUUCUUCGCCGAGCUCGGUUGUGGCUUCUGAGCCAAAAGAGAAGGAAGGAUCAAAGAGCAACUUGGACAAAGAAUCAUUUUUGAGAACUCAGGCUGCUAUAUCAAGGCGACUGAGCGAUGCUGAAGGAGUACAAGCAAAUAGCGCGGAAGCAUCUUCCGAUGAGAAGCGGAGAACAAGCAGGAAGACUGAAUCCUUCUCUGAGUCAGACAAGAACUAUAUGGCCCCUAGAAUUACUGUUCAUGACAGGAAGUGGACUGAUGGCAGCAUCCCAUUCAACUGCGUCUCUGAUAACCUCGCAAGGCUUGGGAAGGAGGCUCUUCAAAGAAGAAGCAUUGCCUCCGUAGCUGCAGCUGAGGCUUUGGAAGAGGCCUUGGUCACUGAAUCCGUCGUCAGGAGUCUAAGCAUGUUUUCUGAACUCUGUUCACUGUCCAAGACCAGCAACCCCGUGCCAACUAUCGACCGAUUUCUAUCCAUCUACGAUGAUGUUUUGAAGUGCAGCACCGUCGCCGAGUCUCUGUGUGCCAACCGCAAUGGUGGUGAUGGACUGAAGGACGCAACACUAAACGAGCGGAGCAGACUGGCUUCUCUCUGGGUUGAGGCAGCCUUAGCCACAGACCUUGAAGUCAUCCACUUGCUAAACAACGCGCGCCUGCCGAAGCAUAAGGCCUCAGAGAAACAAGUAGAUCCUCCAAGAACAAGCCUGUCGAAGAGGCAAUCCUUUGGAACUCCUGCAAAGAGCCACCAGUACAAGGUUCUUCCUUGUUCCACAUCUAACACCUGGACGAGAGGCCAUGGCGUGAGUGAAACAGCGGACCUCGGCAGAGCCCUCAGACACGAAAUGCAGAUUUGGUUUCUGAGGUUCGUGGAGGUAGCAAUCGAUGGUGGAUUCCGUUUGUUUGGCGAGACCACGGACAAUGCUCGGGAGGCUAAUCGCAAGGACAGCAGCAAAGUAGCAGCAGUUCUGUCGCAGCUGAAGCGGAUCAAUGAUUGGCUGGACGGGGUAGGAAGAACAGCUGAAGGAGGGGAGACUCUGAGGGAGAAGAUCGAGCGGCUGAAGCGCAAGAUCUAUGGGUUUGUCAUCGCUCACGUUGGAUCUGCAUUCGACACCUCCAUCUCACUUACAAAGGUGUGACCUUGGGACUUGGAUUAUGAUGUAUAAUCUUGAGACUCUCUUGAUGUUAAUGGUUAAUUAUUUCGGAGUUAAUUCAAUAUUAUUAAUUUAGUGUGGUGGGUGCAAUCCUUUUCUCA